GUCAACAAGGCUUUUGUCACAUGUUGUAGGAUAGGCACGUGACUCUUUACUACUACGGUUCACGCAGCGCUGUCCCCUAUUAGUAGGUAGGUAGUGCUGAUUCUGUUCUCCCUCCUCGGGUGUCAGCUCUCCUAACCGUUUGGAGCCGCAACUGGGAAAACCGAGAUGGUCAACGAUGACUCGCUUGCACUUUUCCAGGGUUUUGUGUAGAUAUCUCCUUGUUCAAAAAUAUACCAACCGUUCUACAUGCUCAGACCCUACACAAACCCUAGCUCAGCAGGUUCAGAUACAAGGCCGCCCUUGUUCGAACAGGGCACAAAUGGCCAACAUGAAGGGCCUCGCUCGCUCCCAUCUAUCCUCCUCAUUCCUCCUCACAACUCCUCACUACUUCCCUUCCUUCGUCACCUCAGCUGCCACUUUCCCCGUUUCCCUAUCCCAAACAAUAUGGCUGUCGACAAGAAGGAAACGCGUUCUUCUCGUGCAUCGCAACAUGCUGCUGCAAGCUCAAAGCACGAUAGCCGACCAAAUCCAACGCACACUCACUUGCUCUCCUCAUUACAAGGUAACUCGAUGGCCAAGAGAGGAGACAACGGACGUCACCCACCCCGUGAUCGUUGCUUACACUACGACAAUGAAGCACAAUGGAAAGAGCACAUCAAUCAUGAACUUCAUAUUGACAGGGUGGUCCUUUUCUCACCCCUUCCCGACGCUCAUAACCAUAUUGAUGAACUCAAACGCCGCUUACGACGAUUUCGCCUCUCGCAUUGGCAAAGGCAACGAUAAGGAUCAGCUGGGCAACGGAUGAAUCGCAGGAUCGAGUCCGGGUUUCUGUUUUUAACUGCCUAUGGUCGUGCUCGCUCGAAAAGAUUUUCAAUCGCUGGUUAUCAAGGUUUCGCUGUAUAGCAGCCAGCGUAUAUAUGACGGUCCUAUGAUUUCUUGUCUCUUCCCUCAAGCUUUACUGACUUCCCCUUGUUCAUCUAGCUGCCCCCCCGCAGCAUAUCCAAACCUGGGACGAAUCAGAAGAGUCCAAUACUUCGACUACUGCUCAGGCAGAUACCCCAACCUCUCAUGAGAGAAGUGGUCUACCUUGACCGUAUAUCUGUCUUGCCAUUGC